ACAACUAAAUUCAAUUAUCUCAUUAGCUUCUUCCAAUUCGAAACCCUAACAAAAGCCCUAAUUGACGAAAUUUGCCGAAUCGUUGACGACAAUGGAGUUUGACGAAUACGAGUACCUUGAGAAGACGGUGGAGGAAGGAGAUGGGUCGAAUAAGAACAAGGAAGCGAGUGGGAACGAGAAGAGCGAGAGGAGUUACAGAAAGAGAGAAGGAGGAGAGAGGCAUGACGAAGAAGGCGGUGACGAAGAGCGAGGUAGCAGUCGGAGUAAGAAGUCUCGCGGAGACGGUGAAGAGAACGGUAAGAGAGAGAGGCAUAGGAGCAGCAGAGAUAAGGAUCGAGAGAGGGAUAAGGUUAGAGAAGGAUCGAGAGAUAAAGAGAGCGAUCGGGAGAGGAGUAGCAAGGAGAGAGAUAGGAGCGAUAGGGAAAAAACCCGAGAUAGAGAGAGAAGAGAGAGGGAGAGGAGGAGCAGCAGUAGAUCUCGGAGGGAGGAGAGGGAACGUGAAGUAGUGGAAAGAGGAAGCAGGAGACACAGGGACAAGAAAGAUGAGCCUGAAGCAGAUCCAGAGAGAGAUCAAAGAACCGUUUUUGCAUAUCAGAUGCCUCUUAAAGCUACCGAGAGAGAUGUUUAUGAGUUCUUCUCCAAAGCGGGCAAGGUGAGGGACGUGCGAUUGAUCAUGGACAGAAAUUCAAGACGAUCAAAGGGAGUCGGGUAUAUUGAGUUUUAUGAUGUGAUGUCAGUUCCAAUGGCCAUAGCUCUGUCUGGACAACCGUUUCUUGGACAACCUGUGAUGGUUAAGCCCUCUGAAGCGGAAAAGAAUUUGGCUCAAUCUAACACUACACCAGGUGGUACUGGCCCUGUAGAUAGGAAACUCUAUGUGGGAAAUUUGCAUUUCAACAUGACAGAAUUACAGCUUAGACAGAUUUUUGAGGCAUUUGGUCCCGUUGAGCUUGUUCAGCUACCACUUGAUCCUGAGACUGGGCAGUGCAAAGGUUUUGGAUUUAUUCAGUUUGCUCAACUUGAACAUUCAAAGGCAGCACAAAUUUCCUUAAAUGGGAAGCUGGAGAUUGCUGGUAGGACAAUCAAGGUUUCCUCUGUCUCUGAUCAUAUUGGUACACAAGAUGCUGCUCCAAAAUCUGCUGAUUUUGAUGAUGAUGAUGGAGGUGGACUGGCUUUAAAUGCACAAUCUAGGGCUCUGCUUAUGCAGAAGCUGGAUCGUUCAGGUAUCGCGACGAGCAUUGUGGGGUCUCUUGGAGUACCAGGGCUAAAUGGAGCAGCCUUUAAUCAACCAGGCAUGAAUCCUAGUUUCCCAACACCAGUGCUUCCGACGACAGCAAUCCCUUCUUUUGUCAACGAACCUGUUGGUCAGCCAAGUGAAUGCCUCCUAUUGAAGAACAUGUUCGAUCCUGCAACCGAGACGGAACGAGACUUUGACUUUGAAAUUAGAGAAGACGUUGCGGAUGAAUGUUCGAAGUAUGGGGAAGUCAAUCAUAUUUACGUAGACAAGAACAGUGCGGGGUUUGUGUAUCUGAGGUUUCAAUCAGUAGAGGCGGCAAAAGCAGCUCAAAGAGCAAUGCACAUGAGAUGGUUUGCACAAAAGAUGAUAUCUGCAACUUUCAUGCCUCCUCAUGAAUAUGAAGCCAAAGCCAAGGCCUGAAUUGAAGGCAAGUCGGGUUUUUGUCUUUCGUAGAUUUUCUUGUUCUGACUGGUUUAAACCUGAACUGAACUGCUAUCCAGAUUCAAUCUCUUGUCUGAAAUAUGUUAUAUAGAUCAAAAGAUUAUGGGGACCUUCUUUCCCUUCUUCUUUUUUCCGUCCUCGUUGGUUGUAACUUUACCAUAUCUUAUUGAUCUUAAAAAAUAUUUUUUAGUCUA